AUGACGAGUGCCCCAAGGAUUAGCACCGGGUGGCGACUACAGCAAUUCGGUGAAGAGAACGGACAGGGAAACGAUCGCUCGAAACGCCGAAGUCAGUCAGCCUCGCCGGUACGUUUCCGCGCGCCGAGCAAGCGUUACAACAACAUCGUCUGGUUCAAAAGCACAGCAUUGGACGACACGUUAAAGCAGGGCUACGGACUUGCGUGGCUCGUGAGAGGGGGCAAGCUUCUUUAUCGUCGGUUGAGCCAGAGCAAAAUGAAGCGUUACUUAUUAACGCUAUUAACGGUUGAGAUCCACUGGUUGUUCUAGGAAUGCACAGUAGCAGCGGAUUAAUAACACGUUAAUAGUCAACCGAUUAAAUACAAAC